AUGUACCAUAGUAAUAGUAGUAGUAAUAGUAGUGGUAGUAAUAGUAGUGAUAGUGGCAGUAAUGGUAGUGGUAGUGAUGGUGGUAGUGGUGGUAGUGGUAGUGGUAGUGGUAGUGGUUGUAGUGGUAGUGGUUGUAGUGGUGGUGGUAGUGGUAGUGGUAGUAGUGGUGGUGGUAGUGGUAGUGGUAGUAGUGGUGGUGGUAGUGGUAGUGGUAGUGGUGAUGGUAGUGGUAGUGAUAGUGAUGGUGGUAGUGGUAGUGGUAGUGGUAGUGGUAAUAGUAGUGGAAGUAGUAGUGGUAGUAGUAGUAGUAGUGGUAGUAGUAGUAAUAGUAGUAGUGGUAGUGGUAGUGGUAAUAGUAGUGGUAGUAGUAGUAGUGGUAGUAAUAGCAGUAGUAAAAGAAUAGUAUAG